AUGGGACAAAAAAUACAUCCGCUCGGUUUCAGACUUGGUACAACUCAAAAUCAUGAUUCUAUUUGGUUUGCACAACCAAGAGAUUAUUCCGAGAAUCUAAAAGAAGAUAAAAUAAUACGAGAUUGUAUCAAGAAUUAUCUACAAAAAACAGUAAGAAUAGCCUCUGGUGUCGAGGGAAUUGGACGAAUAAAGAUUAAAAAAAGAAUCGAUGUGAUUCAAAUCUAUGUAGGACUUUCACCAAAGUUAUUCACAGAGUGGGAGCCUCGAAGAAGAAUCGAAGAAUUACAGACUAAUGUACAAAAAAAACUUAAUUGUGUGAACCGAAAAAUCAAGAUUGCAAUUACAAGAAUUCAAAAUGUUUAUAGAGACCCUAAUAUUCUUGCAGAAUUUAUAGCUGUACAAUUAAAGAAAAGAAUUUCGUUUCGUAAAGCAAUCCAACAAGCUAUUGAAUUAGCUGAACAGGCAGGUACAAAAGGAGUUCAAGUACAAAUUUCGGGACGUAUCGACGGAAAAGAAAUUGCACGUGUCGAAUGGUUCAGAGAAGGUAGGGUUCCUCUACAAACCAUUCGAGCUAAAAUGGAUUAUUGUUCCUAUCCAGUUCGAACUAUUUAUGGGGUAUUGGGAAUCAAAGUUUGGAUAGUUCUAAACAACGACUAA